AUGUCUUCCAACGACGACAACCCCCAAGCGGCACCUGAGGGGCCCCUGAAGCGAAAGCGUCCAGCUGCUUGCAUUCAUUGCCAUCAAAGGAAAGUGCGCUGCGAUGCGCGGAACGUUGGUAUACCUUGUUCCAACUGUCGCUCCUCCGGUAAAAGCGAUUGUCGAAUCCAUGAGAAAAAGAAACGUACACUUUCCCACUCCCUUCGCCAUCCAAUUCCCAUCCGAUGCGCUCCCUUGCCUCCUGCAAAUGGUGCCGGUGCAAUUGGAUUCUCGAAUCCCCCCCUGAGCAACCCCUCCCUUUCUGCCUCGACCCCAUCCUCCCCGAACGCUUUGUCAACAAGACCAAGUGGACCCAAACCGGAGCACCUUGCCCCGCAAUCUUUUGCAGAAGCGAUAUCCCCAGAUUCACAAGGCGACGAGGAUGAUACUCGUCGACUAGAACGACACCUCAUUCAGAUCCUGGACGAGGAAGACCAUCAUCGCUCAAUACAAAAGAAUGUCCGGGUAAUAUAUGUUGGGCAGGAUGUGUCGAACAUGAAUUUCUUAUUUCGGCAACAGCACGGCGACCGGAAUGACGAGGUCUACCAUUUCCCCGCCAAUGAGAUUUCAAAAUACUGCGUGAAGAAUAGAUUAGAGCAAAUUCCAAGAGAGGCUUUCGUCCUCCCCGAACAGCAGCUCGCAGAUGAGUUGGUAGAGGCGUACUUCACCCACGUCAACCCCGGCUGUCCUAUAAUCGAAGAGGACGUAUUCACGGCACAGUAUAGAAGCCGAGAUCCUGCAGAUCCCACUUCCCUGUUGAUCCUCCAAGCAAUUCUCCUUGUCGGAGCCCAUGUCUCAUAUCCCCGCCCUCUACGCGAUUCUCUCAAGGCAUCCUUUUUCCGUCGGGCAAAAAUAUUAUUUGAUGCGCGGGUUGAGCGCAACAGAGAUAUCCUGGUACAAGCAGCCCUGCUUCUCACAUGGUACUCAGAUCCGGUUGAUGACGAUGUUGCUGCAAAUUCGCACUACUGGGUGGGCGUCGCAGCGAGAAUCGCAACUGGUCUUGGGAUGCAUCGCAACGCAGCUUCUAGCAGGAUGGUAUCGGCUGAUAAGCGUAUGUGGCGGCGGGUUUGGUGGAUAUUAGUUCAGUUCGACGUCAUGGUAUCUCUGUUAUAUGGGAGGCCACAGGCUGUCAACUUAGAGGAUUCCGACGUGCAGGACCUUACUGCGGCUGAUUUUGAAGGGUGUGGGCGCGGAGUUCAGAUCGAUUACGUCAUACAUUAUACCAAACUUUGCACUUUGAUUUCAUACAUAAUGAAGGAAAGAUUUGGUUUGCGGGUUAGUCCCGAAAGGCGAAAAGCUGUGCUUAGCGAAGCAGAUAGAGCCCUUGCGAACUGGUCACUUAUGCUCCCUGAUUCAGUUCGGAUGUCUACAGCAGAGUCCGGCUCGUGGCCUGCGUCGCUCCAUCUGACUUAUAAUAAUUUCCUGAUUUUACUCCACCGCCCACAUCCUCGAGCCUCCGCUUAUUCGGAUGACUACGGCCCCAACGAUGCUGAGAUAUGCAGCGCAGCGGCUGGUGUCAUUGUCUCCAUCUUUGAAGAUCUUAGAGAAAAGGACAGGCUCAAAUAUUUGUGGAUAUCCUCAGUCAACGCUCUCUUCACAGCGAUGAUCCAGGUGCGAGUGGAACUGAGAUUCUCAAACCCUGUCCUGGCCAUCAAUGGUCUUCGCCGAUUCGACUCAACCCUAACCUCGCUUCGUAUCCACGCGCAAUACUGGCUGGAUGCUGAAACCAUCCUGCGGAUUUUCGAAAGCUCCAAGCGCCUGCAGCGUGACAUCGAAGACGUCAAGACAAGGGAUUCAACCUAUAAAUCUAGAGAGGGGGAUCACCACCCACGAAAGUACACGGAUCAAACCACACCACCAGUGCCAGACCAACCAACCCCGUCACAUCAUAGCAUUUGGUUCAGUGGAGGCCCGCAGUUCGAAGACCGUGCCAAGCCGUGGUUGACUGGGCCCGGCCACAACCACAACUACAACCAGCAACAGCAACAACAGCAACCAUAUACAGUUGACCAUUUGGAACCGGAAAACCGCCAAAAUGAGCCCAGUGGCCAGUCGGAUUGGAGACAGCUCUUCUCAUUCGGUGACUCAGAACAGGUCAGGCCAAUUGUCAUGGAGGACCUGACUGAUAUGGAGGACGAGUGGCGUGAGUUGUAUCUGCAUGAGCCGGGCAUGUCGGAUUAUUUCCAGAAUACGGCUUGGAUGCAGCCUUUGUAA